AUGGCUGCUGCGCGCCGCCGCCCGCCGGCCGGGGCUCCGCUGCUGCGCGCCACGCUCUGCCUGCUGUGCUGGGCCCCGGCGGCCGUGCGCGCGGUCCCCGAGCCCGGGCGCUGGAAAGCGACGGUCAGCAACAAAUCAGGACCUUUGAUAUUUCGAAAAAUUAUGUUUAACUGUACUGAUAUCAAGUUUUCUGUUAAGUCAUUCCAUUGUUCUGAACCUGUGAAGUUUACCAUAGAGUGGUAUUUGAAGCAUUAUACCUGCCAAAAUGAAUAUUCUAAGCUGGAUGAGCAGCCUAAAAGUGUUGAUGAAGACUUUUGCAGUAAUUAUUUCAAGAACAUUGAAUGUUGGACAAUAAAAAAUGAAAAUCUAGAAUGCAACAGUGAUUUGCAGGUGUUUCCCUCAUUAUACAAUAAAGAACUAAUUACAAAUAUCAGAAAUGUUUCAAACCAGGAAGACUCAAUGGAUAUUGUUGCAAGAACACAGAGAGAUGGGUUUCACCUCCUUAUUGUUUCUAUUAAAACGGAAAAAAAUGAUGCAAACUGGAAUUUGAAUGUGUCUCUUUCUAUGGUGGGGCCGAAAGGCUAUCUCUCUGCAUCAGACUGGCCGCUCAUGAUUUAUUACAUGGUGAUGUGCAUUGUCUAUAUUUUAUAUGGCGUGCUCUGGCUGAUGUGGUCUGCCUGUUAUUGGAAAGAUAUAUUAAGAAUCCAAUUCUGGAUUGCAGCUGUCAUUUUCCUGGGAAUGCUUGAAAAAGCAGUUUUUUAUGCUGAAUACCAAAACAUCAACAGCACUGGGCUAACGACCCAAAGUUUGUUGAUAUUUGCGGAGUUGAUAUCUGCGAUUAAAAGGACACUGGCCCGCCUUCUGGUCAUCAUCAUGAGCCUGGGAUAUGGCAUUGUGAAGCCUCGCUUAGGGACAGUCAUGCACCGGGUGAUCGGAUUGGGGCUUCUCUACUUUAUCUUCGCAGCCGUCGAAGGCGUGAUGAGAAUCAUUGGGGGUUCUAACCAUUUAGCUGUUGUUUUUGAUGAGAUUAUUUUAGCAGUUUUCAACUCCAUUUUUGUAUGGUUCAUUUUUAUAAGUUUGGCACAAACUAUGAAGACUCUGAGGCUAAGAAAGAACAUGGUGAAAUUUUCUUUAUAUAGACACUUUACAAAUACUCUGAUCUUUGCUGUGCUGGCUUCUGUUGUGUUUGUGGCGUGGACAACUAAGACAUUUAGAUUUGCAAAAUGUCGAUCAGAUUGGAUGGAAACCUGGGUUGAUGAAGCAUUUUGGAGCUUCCUUUUUUCAGUUAUCCUUAUGGUAAUAAUGUUUUUGUGGAGACCAUCAGCAAAUAAUCAAAGGUAUGCCUUCAUGCCCUUAAUAGAUGAUUCUGAUGAUGAGGUUGAAGAAUUCAUGGUAACAUCUGAUCAUUUAACUGAAGGAAUAAAAUUAAGAACUUCAAAAACAGUUUCCAAUGGAACAGCUAAACCUGCUACUUCUGAUAAUUUUGAUGAAGAUUUGAAGUGGGUGGAAGAAAAUAUUCCCUCUUCAUUCGCAGACGUAGCUCUUCCAGUGUUGGUAGACUCAGAUGAGGAAAUUAUGACCAGAUCUGAAAUGGCAGAAAAAAUGUUCUCUUCAGAAAAGAUAAUGUGAUUGGAACCACAUACAUGAAACCUAGUUAACAGUGAAGGACUCCCUAGGACUAAAGAGGUCAUGCAACAAGUUUUUAUUGCAUUAUCUUGGAAAUAUAUGUAUUACAGUGACAAAUUCAGUGGGUGGAUGGGUUCUAGACUCCUUUUAAGCUGGCUCUUGAAUGUCAGUUAUGUCCGUUAAAUUGCCUGGACUUGGAAAUAAUCUGAGGAAAGUAUUAUGAUAAAGUAUAUACCCAAAUGCCCCGAGCAGAUGGGUAGCAGACAUGUGAGUUGGGCUGUCUUUUUUCUGGCAAAUAUGGCAAUUCCAGAUCUAACAUUAUUUUUACAUAAACACUCUUCCUGUUCUUCCACAGACCUUUGAGGUAGAUGACACAUGAUCACACACUAUCUCCAUCUCUUGGGUUUAUAGUCACUAGAUGCAAUAAUAAUUUCCUUUGACUUUUAUACUGAAGUGAUUUGAUAGUGAGUAGAACUUGAUUAACAUUGGAACAUAGGACAUGUAUGUGGCUGGGUGCUGUGUGUGUAACAGUGCACAUGUUUGCACAGCCCUGUUUGUCAUGAUCACAGUGCACAUCAAAUCAUGGACAUCUUCACUCUCUGAGCUCAAUGGACACAAGUACUUGGAGAGAGAGGUCUUGAGGGUCACUUUUAAAGAUUUGCUCUGCCACUGUCCCCUCACUCAGGUUGUAUGGGCAUGUGUUGCUGCCGACCCUGCCUGGGGCAGGUGGUGGACACCUGGCCAUGUGGCUCCCCCAGAGCACUUCCCGGCCCCCUGGGUAGCCCUGGAGGAAACCAGAGCCUUUUGUGUCAUAUUAUUUAAUGGUACAGUACAUCACUGUUA